AUUGUGGAGUUCUUCUUCUUGUCACGGGUGUACCGCAUCGUCCCUGCUCUUUCAGUCAAACCACCAGUAGUGGAGGUGGAUCAGGUGUAUCUGCAGAGGAUGGAGAGGAGAAUGUCCCAAGGGGAAGGUAAUGUUGCACAACCUCAACCUCUGGCAGAAGGCAACUGCAACACAAGCCUGCACCUAAAAGAAAUCACAGACCUGCCAUUGUGUUUCCGAAAGUUACGCUGGUUGGUGAACACCUGUAAGGACGGUUGGAGGGCCUAUUAUCGCCAGCCUGUCUUCCUUGCAGGAAUGGGCCUGGCUUUCCUCUACACCACAGUACUGGGCUUUGACUGCAUCACCACUGGCUAUGCCUAUACUCAGGGUAUUAGUGGAUCUCUCCUUAGUCUUCUGAUGGGUGUAUCAGCUAUCACAGGGCUGAUGGGCACCGUGAUGUUCACCAGACUCAGGAAGAUGUAUGGCCUGGUUAACACAGGCAUCAUCUCAAGUUGCCUCCACCUGGGCUGCCUACUGUUGUGUGUGUGCUCUGUAUUUGCCCCUGGCAGCCCAAUGGAUCUUAGCCUGCUGAUGCCUUAUAUUACCUCCAACUCCUCCACCGAGCUUGGAGGGAUGGCAAGCCAAAGGCAAAAACACACCUAUCCUCUGAGGGGAGGCAGCAAUCAGCCACUGCUUCCUGACCGCUCCUCCAUUCACUGGACCAACAACACUGUGCUUUUUGACAAUGUGCCCUCUGGCACAGUGCCAGAAUCCUACAUCUCCAUUAUCCUGCUGUUCUUGGGCGUCAUCACAGCACGCAUCGGUCUCUGGUCCUUCGACCUGACAGUGACCCAGCUCCUGCAGGAGAACAUCUGUGAGUCCGAGAGGGGUGUUGUAAAUGGGGUACAGAGCUCUAUGAAUUACCUGAUGGAUCUGCUUCACUUCAUCAUGGUCAUCUCGGCUCCACAGCCACAGCACUUUGGCAUCCUAGUUAUCAUUUCUGUGUUAUUCAUUACCACUGGGCACACUAUGUACUUUCUGUAUGCACACAAAGUCAAGAGAAAACGCCGCCUCGACACAUAAGGAGCAGACGUGGCCCACGCAUCCAGGCAUGAGAUGCUUGCCAGCACUGACACCACUCUGCACCUGUGAAAUGAAUGCCUCCCUCCUGUUCCUUCAGCAAUCUUAUUGCAACACUCCACUCCUGACAUAGCCAUUCAUUUCAGCACAACACAGCAAGUGCCUGUCCCACCUCGGUUGCUUUCUUCCUGCAGGGCCAUGUGCCAUAGCAGCAAACAAGAACUCAGGUGAAGUAGAGUGGGAGACACGCUCUCCCUUCGUGUACAUACGUUGAGGUGGCUACAAUAAAUGCAGCAAUUGUACCUACAGGGGAAAUGUCCGGAUCUAACGUACAGAUGGACACAAAGGUAAUGGCUAAGGCACCAGCACAUGUCUUUGCAAACCCUGUAGGAUUACUGCAAGACUUUCAUCAAACAAGACUGUUAACUUACUUAGCUUUUUGGAUGGGAGGGUGGAUGGAUGGAGAGAUUUUUCUAACCUUCACUCAGUUAAAAACUGAUGUUGUGAGGAAACGUACCAGUGAUACAUGAAAAUAUAAACAAGACAAGACAGUACUUUUACAAGUGGCAUCGAUGUUACUGAUCCGUCCACUUGGAAAUAUUCCAGGGUGUCCAAAAAGGAACAUAAAGGGAACUUGAUGUGAGACUGUUUGAUUAAAAAAAAAAAAAAUCUGAAAGGCAGCCCCCUUUUAAUGGACAGAUGUGAAAGGACAAAGUAUUUCCUUCCCCUGGUUUGUUUCUCUGUGGAUGAAUUAAGCAAACAUUUGCCUUUCUUUUAUGCAUGUAAACCUGGCUUAUGGAUUACAACAACAAAAUAC